AAGGAUGUGGGCCGCAGGAUGCAGGUCGGCCAGGAGCUCCUGGAGUACCUGAGCGACCCGGCGAAGUCCCCAGAUGUGGAGCAGGACCAGCAACGCCUCGAUAAAGUGAUCGAUGAAUUAACAGGAUGGGUCAACUCCAGUAAUUUCAAGGUAGCAUUACUGGGAUUAGAUGUUCUAGGUGCCUUUGUUGACAGACUAUCAGGACGCUUUAAAUCCUAUAUAGGAACUGUUCUCCUGCCUUUGAUAGAUCGUAUGGGAGAUGCCAAAGACCAAGUUCGAGAGCAAGCACAGAACCUUAUAUUGAAAUUGAUGCACGAAGCAGCACCGCCCAUGUACAUUUGGGAACGCCUUGCUGUUGGUUUUAAACACAAGAAUUACCGAUCCCGAGAAGGAGUGUGUUUGUGUCUCAUUGCUACCUUAAACAUUUAUGGUGCACAACCAUUAGUCCUCAGCAAGUUGGUACCACAUCUGUGCACAGCGUUUGGUGACUCGAAUAGUCAGGUGAGAGAUGCUGCCAUACUAGCCAUUGUAGAAGUUUAUAGACAUGUGGGAGAGAAAGUCCGACUAGAUCUUACGAAGAGAGGAAUUCCUCCUGGAAGGUUGCAAACAAUAUUUGCAAGAUUUGAUGAAGUAAGAAACUCUGGAAAUAUGAUUUUAAGUAGCAUCAGUG